AUGCUAUUGCAUGUUGGUACCCUGUUAAGGUGCACAGGACACCGUAUUCUUCGGCGAUACACUAUAGUUCCAGCUGCAAGAGAUAUUAAUCCCGUUGUAGCGAAGCUGAAGUUCUCUUUGGACGUUAUUCCUGCUACACAGAUCGAAAGCCAGGAGUCCGAUGACAGCGAACCAAACAAGAAAAUCGACAGAGGGAAUAGGAUGUAUAGUAAUUCCCUACCCCCUUCGCUGCAGUUUGUCCGUGAUAUGAUGGAUAAGUACCCGGAUUAUGUGCUGCUGACGCAGAUGGGAUCAUUUUAUGAACUGUAUUAUGAACAUGCAGAGAAAUAUGCACCCAAGCUGAAUAUCACGUUGACACGGCGUGAAUAUUCACAUGGAAAGGUACCAUUUGCAGGGUUUCCUCUCGAACAGCUGAGCCGCCAUCUAAAGGUCCUAGUGAAGGAGUAUGGAUAUAGUGUUGCUGUCGUUGAACAAUUUCGUAAAGACGAUAUUGCAGACAAUGAAAGAUACAAAUUUAACAGAAGGGUAACUAGGGUGGUUACCCCAGGUACCUUCAUUGAUGAGGCAUUUGAAAAUCUUCAAGAAAACCAGUUCUUGUUGAGUGUCGAGUUUCCUGAUAGGUGUAUGGAAAAACUAUCAGAUCCUUCAAUAAAGGUUGGGUUAUCCUGGUGUGAUAUUUCGACCGGUGAACUGUUUGUGCAACAAGUGCAACUGAAGGGCCUUAUAUCUGCUAUAACGAAGAUCAAACCGCGAGAGAUACUACUUUCAGAGGACCUACUUGCAUAUCAGAUACAAAAUGGUAACUGGUAUCCAGAACUGGUGGAAUUUAAAAAGUAUUUCAUAAAGUACUAUAAGACUCCGAGCAGACACAGGACAAUGGAGACAUUUUCUCAUUUAUUUGCAUUUGGGGCUAAUAAUGCGUCCAAAAGGAAUUUAGACAUAGUCCUCCACUCCCUUUCUCAAAAAGAGACCGCUGCAUUACGGGCCAACUUGACAUACAUUGAGCAACAUCUUCCGGAAAUGCUGGCUAAUUUAGCAUUUCCGAAACGCAGCCUGACCACGGACAGUAUGCAGAUUGAUUCUAGGACUAGUGCUGCAUUAGAGCUUCACAAUACCUUUAGAGACAAUUUGAAAAGGGGCUCUUUACUUUCUGCCAUACGCAGGACCGUGACCCCGUCAGGUACAAGGCUACUAACACAGUGGCUAUCUGCUCCCAGUAUGCACCUGGAUGAGAUUAAACAAAGGCAAAAUCUGGUACGGUUAUUUAUGCAAAACCCAUUUGUGACAGACAAUCUGAUUGCUCAAUUGAAAGCCACCGCAGAUAUGACUCGCAUAUUACAAAAGUUUUCGUUCAAAAGAGGCGAUGCAGCCCAUUUGCUUCAGAUGGCACAAUCCCUUCAGCAAUGUUCUGCUAUUGGCGACACUAUUCACUCAUUUACCACAGAAGGACCGAUUUCAAAGGAUUUAGCAGCUGUUUUGGACAAACUAAGCUCUGCACUGAGAUUUGAAGGUGGCAUAGUUCAGGAGAUCUUGGCUGCCAUUAAUUUGAAAAAGUUUAGUGAAUUUGAGGGCCCUCAGUUAGUAACUGCCCCUGAAGAUGAACCAGCAUUAUCUUUAGAAGAUUCUAAUGAAACAACAGAGUUCCCUGUCCAUCCUGGUAUGUUAAAUCCUGAAGUUUCACCAAGAUUAGGAGAUCUCUAUUCGAAAUAUGAUAAACUUCUGACUCGGCAGCAGCAGCUCUUGCAGGAAUAUCGAGACUUUUUUGUGCAUACACACAAAGCGCGCACUAUAACCACACGCAAUAAUAAGCGGGAUACAGGUUAUGCUCUCUACCUCACAGGGGGGGGUAAUUCGUUGAAGAAAAUACUCCGGAACGUUAAUGAAGGCGCUGAAGUUGCGGAUUCCAGAUUUAGAAUAAUUAGAUCAUCAGCAAAUACAUGUUGGCUAUCGCAUGAACCGUGGAAUGAACUGGGAAAAGCCAUGCAUCUAACCACCUUGGAGCUUUUAGAUGAAGAAAGAUACAUCUUGGACAAUUUACAGAGAAAAAUAAUUACGUAUAGCACAGAGAUUAGGGCUAUUGCGCAGACAGUUGACUAUCUAGAUGUCCUUUCAUCGUUUGCGAUACUUGCAUCGGAGAAAAACCUAGUUUGCCCCCAGGUUGAUGAAAGCAGCGCAUUGGAGAUCGUGGGGGGCAGACACCUCGUGGUGGAAGAUGGUUUGCAAUCAAGGGCGCCAGGGAAUUUUACUGCCAAUGAUUGUAGCCUACAGAAUGGUGAUAUAUGGAUUGUAACCGGACCCAACAUGGGAGGAAAGUCAACAUUCUUAAGACAGACAGCAAUCAUUGUGAUAUUGGCCCAAAUUGGCUGCUAUGUUCCAUGCGCCAGCGCACAUAUUGGUCUGGUCGAUAAAAUAUUUAGUAGAGUUGGCUCGGCUGAUGACUUAUACAACGAUAUGAGUACAUUUAUGGUAGAGAUGUUAGAGACCAGUUUCAUGCUGAAGGGGGCAACCAAGAGAUCCCUUGCUAUAUUGGAUGAAAUUGGCAGGGGCACUAACGCAGAGGAUGGUGUUGGUAUCGCAUAUACUACGUUGCAUCACAUGCUUACAAAGAAUAGAUGCCGCGCGCUCUUUGCUUCUCACUUUGGCCGAGAAUUAUCAGAGCUAGUGGAGCAGCACCUCCCUCCUGGCGCACGGAAAAGAGUCCACUUCUACAGGACAAACGUCAGGGAACAUAAUGGCCGCUCGUUCUAUGACCACAAGAUUACGCCGGGCAUAUGCCUGAGCUCGGAUGCAAUUCGCGUGGCACAAAUGGCAGGAUUCCCACAGGAGGCGCUGGAUGUAGCGCGCAGAGUCCUGGCGGCUUCAACGUAA